AUGUUACUACAGCUAGCCGACCGCACAGUGAAGAGGCCCUCUCGUAUCCUUGAUGAUGUAUUAGUCCAGGUUGGGAAGUUUGUGUUCCCAGCAGAUUUUGUCAUUCUAGGCUGCCGGGUUGAUGAGGAGAUUCCCAUAAUUUUGGGAAGACCAUUCUUGUCCACUGGGAGAGCUUUAAUUGACUGUGAAACUGAAGCCGUGGAUAUAAUUUUGGAGGAGGAAUAUGAGACCUUGAACGCUAAAGACCUUUUAGCAGCCUGUCUCUUGAACUUAAAUGAGGUAAAUGUAGAGGAUUUGGCGGAGUGGGUGCUGGCUCUUGAAGGCCAAGGGUUUUGGAAAAGAGAGCUCGAGUUUGAGCCUUUAGAAAGAAAAAUUCCUCCAGCUAAGCCAUUGAUAGAAGAGCCACCAAAGUUGGAAUUAAAACCGCUACGACCUCACCUCAGGUAUACUUUCUUGGGACCUAACUCAACUUUACAUGUUGUUAUCUCAUCUGGUUUGUUAGAUUUGCAGAAAGAACAGCUUUUGCAGAUAGAUUGGCCGGGAAGUCCCACUUUUGCUUUCUGGAUGGAUACUCGAGGUAUAAUCAAAUCUCCAUUGCCCCAGAAGAUAGAGAGAAAACAUCACUCACAUGUCCAUAUGGCGUUUACGCCUUCCGGAGGAUGCCGUUCGUCCUACGCAAUGCACCUGCCACAUUUCAAAGGUAUAGUCUUGGGGCACCUAGUGUCGAGUAAGGGCAUUGAGGUAGAUCGUAAAAAGGUUGAUAUGAUCGAAAAGCCUCCACCACCGACUUUUGUUAAAGUAAUAAGAAGUUUCCUUGUCCACGCCAGGGUGGCUUUUGAGGAAUUGAAGAAGCGGCUGGUGACAGCACCUAUCAUAGUUGCACCUGACUGGGAGCAACCAUUUGAGCUGAUGUGUGAUGCAAGCGAUUAUGCUGUGGGAUCAGUACUUGGGCAGCGCAAAGAUAAAGCCAUGUACCUAAUUGAUAAGAAGGAGUCAAAGUUGCGCCUGAUUCGAUGGGUGGUACUGCUGCAAGAAUUUGACUUGGAAAUCUGUGACCGAAAGGGAAUGGAAAACGAAGUGGCUAAUCACCAAUCUAGGAUGGAAAGAGCCGAAAAGAAGGUUGAGGGGGAAAAGAUUGUAGAGACUUUCCCGGAUGAACAACUACUAGCCACGAGCCUUGAGGUAGCGCCAUGGAUUUGUGUUGAUAACAUGAUUCGGAGAUGUAUCCCCGAGAUCGACCAAUCUUUUAUUUUGCAGGCUUGUCACGCGUCACCAUAUAGUGGCCACUUCGGGGGAGUAAAGACAUNUAUGAACCCAUUUCAGGAGGUAGAAGUGUUUGAUGUAUGGGGAAUCGAUUUCAUGGGGCCUUUCAUCCGCUCAUAUGGCAACAAGUACAUACUCGUAGUUGUGGACUACGUGUCCAAAUGGAUGGAGGCUGCAGCGCUCCCUACAAAUGAUGCAAAGGGGGUACUAACAAGUUUGCAGGUGAUUUUGGGCAAGUCGAGCAGGGCAUUAAGCGGCACAUGA